ACUUAUCACUUUGACUUCUCGUUUGUGCAAGUCGUUGCGCCGACCCUUCCGACUGUCGACCUUCUUGGACUCUUUCCUCAUCCGCUGCUCUGGGACAAAUGGCUUUCGCUCUGUCAAGCCGUGCUCCUGCCUCCUUCAGUGUCGCCGCCAAGCAGGCACGCCGGCCGCGGAGCGCCGUCCCGAUGUCGCGCGCCCGCUGCGUCGUCGCCCGCGCGGAGCUCCAAGAUCCCGUGCGCAACAUCCAGGGCGCCGUGCAGUCUUUUGUGCGGAGGUAUGACCUCCUUUCAACUGGCGCGGGUGCGCUGCUCGUCACCGGAUGGUUUUACGUCCACGGCCAGGAUCCGUGGACCGCGCUGUCCCUGACCUUCACCUCGACUGUCGUCGCGUUGGUAGCGAACGAGCUGCUGUUCUCCUCGGACAAGAGCCAGUAGAAGGCCGAGUAGCAACGGGACUGGGCGUUACCGCCCUUGGCGUGGACUGGACUACACUUCAUUGACCCGUGACCUACAGCUCAUUCACGACGCAUCACUGUCAUCCGGGGAUGGGUCCCAAGUCAUCUGGAAUAGGGGUGGUAAUCCAGUCCGCACCAGUAAGAGAAGAAAACCAUCGAGUUCUUUUUGUGCGGAGUGUGUGCGUGUUGCUAUGCUGUGUCUCAUUUUAUGUAUCUGCAUUGGUUGGCAGCAGAGGCUAAUGCGGAUGUCGCUUAAUUGGGCGGAGCGGUACCGGCUGCAUCCAGCGCCGGCAAUCAAUUGUCUGUACUUUAUGAAUAAGUUGGGCGCGGCGGCUUGCCUCACAUGCCCUUUCACAUAUCGGUAUAAGCACUCACAUCAACAUUGUGUACACAGCGCUGGCUACAGCUUGCCCGCCGCUUCGGUUAGCAACGGGCAGGUGUGUUCGGUAGCAGUUCGGUGGCCCAAGAGUGCUUAUCCCACGUCUGUUUUGUUGAGGUUGUUGAGUGUGGUGCGUGUUGAUGGAGGAAUUAUAGGACAGGCUUUGCGACAGCAACAUGAUAAGACCGGACAGAUCAAGUCUCACAUGGAUUGCGCGCAUUGACAGAUGUACAGUUCAGUUGGUCAGCAUGCAAGUCGCGUGUGGGACGAGGGAAUCAUGGACUCGACGUAACCGGAAGUCGCUGGCACAGCUGCAGCUUUGUCAGACGACGGAGUGAAUCGCGAGCAAGGAUGGUAAGAGAAUGUAUGGGGUGGUGCAGUAAAGUGCACCCGUAUCGGACCAGGCAGAUAUGCUCGAAGAGUUGAAGGACGCUGGGGUGAUGUAAGAACCACGUACCACGUGGCCUGUACCAUGCACCUCAAGAGAGGUCAAACCAGUUGCAGAACCCGGAAUGAACCCUGUGGCUCUAGCACAGGCUACACCAGCGUUGUGGGGCUGACGAAUCCAGCUGGGGCCAGAGCUGGGACCAGCCAACGAGCCCAAGCUCAUGCCCGCAGCCCACCCGGGCAUGCACAGCAAUAGCCAAGACCCUGCUGAGGACACAACACAUCAUUAUAUCAUCUGACGGGUGGGGCAUCGGCGGGUGCGGAGCAAUUACGCUACCGGCUACCCAGCUCUCCCUGACUCUGAGGCGCAUGUACAGUCUUCGCGGAGCGACAUACCUGGGGAUCAGGGGAGGGCUGGGAUAAAGGCCCAGUCGGUACGUUGGCGAAGGCGAAACCGAGGCACCAAGGCAGUUUCCCAAGGCUUGUGGCUAUAUUACCGCCAUCAAAUUACCAUGCAACUACGCCGUUUAGCAAGGUCAUGUGGGGGAUGUGGUGCCUGUGGAUGGGUUGCCGGGUGGGCAGGGGUGGCGCAGGUUGGGCGGGGUGAGUCGGGUACUUGACACGCCAGUUGCGAAUGUUAAGGUCGGCGAGCUGGAAGAGAAUUAAAGAAAUCC